UAUGGCGUCGCACACAGCACGAAGCAGAAGCACAUGAGAAUGCUAGCUAACAUGGAGUAGACUAUGCAUCUUUUCAGUGUAAGGCAGCUCUGUGUAUCUUUGCUAAACAACGUCUAACGUCAAAGCAAAGCACCAUGUGUUAUUUUGGGAGCGUUAUUUGUAUGUUUUUCACGGUUACAGCAAUAAGUAAUGGGGCGUCACGUAGCUAGCUAAAUGCUAACAGUGUUUUGAUCACUUGAGGGAGGCAGUCUGUUGACCUUGUAGGCAGUUUAGUCAUAGGUUGUAAUAGUAUUUAAUUAUUUGUGCUAACUAUUUGCGUAAUGUGUCUGAGGGUGUAAAAUGUCAGUCAGAUACUAUUAGCUUAACGCCCAUUGAGUUAGCGUUAUAGCGCUGAAAUUAAGGACGUCCUAGUGUCGUGUUUCACCCUUUAUAUCGUCUAUAAUAAUAAUAAUGGCUGUCCGGGUGACAGAGGAGGUCGUGAGAUGGAGCCUGCGCUAUUGCAGCCGCAGGUCUCCAGUGCAACUGCGCAGUUUCUUGUUGACAACAUCCAUCAAAGACAGAUCUUUCCCAAGUCAGCAGUUUGCACACAUUUGGGGCACAAGGCAAAGCCAGACGUGCCUGGAUAGGAGUCCUGUCAGCUCAGUGAGGUUUUACUCCUGGGGUGGGAUUCACAGUCAGGACUUGGAAGAGAAGGAGCAUCUCUCUUCACGGUUGGGACAGUCUUCGCUGCCCGCUGAGAUCCAAUCUGAUGAGAGGAGUACGGCUUUCUCGGACCACCUUCGGCACUGUGGCUCCCCAUCAGACGUGCUGGACCUCACCUCUCAAUACUCGCCCACAGUUCGACAGGUCAGCAACUGCCUGACCCACAUGUGGUCCACCACUAAGAAGAUGUCCGACGAGCAGCGGCGCUAUGAGCUGCAGCUGAUGUUCGAGCAUCCUGAAUUCGACAAGCUUCUGCAGAAGGCCAUGAAGAGAGUGGGGCACAUGCGCAGUGACGACUUGGCUUAUUCUCUCCUGGGUAUGGUCAAACUGGGUGUUCCCCAAGGUAGCCGUGUGGUCCAGACUUUCCUCCGAACCUGUCAGGAGAAUCUGAAUGACUUUGAUGAGAAGGGCCUGUCCAUCUUGGCCUCCUGUCUGGAACACAUGGAGGGCAACGCCAACGUCGGUGCACUUAAAGAGGGCAUGAGGUUGGUAGUUGAGGCCCGUCUUCCCAGGAUCAAGAAUGUUAUGGCUCUUCAGACCAUGAUGCGUCUGUUGGGGAAAGAUGCCCCACUGGACCUCAAACGGAAACUCGAGAGAAAGGCUCUAUCAAUGACAGACCAGUUCAGCCUUCCCAACACCCAGUACAUGAUCUCCACUAUGGCCACGAUGGGCUUCUACUCCAAACCACUGUUGGAUGUCUGCAGUAAGACGAUUAAAGAAAACCUCAAUGGAAUCCCCUUCAACAGAUUGUAUAAAGUCCUGCAGUCCUGUAGGGAGCUGCACUACAGAGACUUAGAUCUGCUCACUGGCAUUUCAGAAUACAUCGCCUCUAUAAUAGACAUAUGGACCAAAAAACAGGUGGUCCUCUUCCUGUCUGUGUUUGACAACCUCGCCUUCUGUCCCGCCGCCUUAAUGGAGGCAUUCGCGAAGAAGGUGAUCGCCAAUCCAGAUGCCCUGACACUUAAAGACCUCCUCUGUGUCCUCAAGGUGUACUCCUCGCUUAACUAUGACCUGCAGCACCAAAGACAACAGUUCCUGGAGAGUCUGAGUGGAGCUCUGGACUCCUAUCUGCCCAAGAUGUCCGGGUUUGAGUUGUUAAAGGCUGUGUACCAUCUUUGUCUGCUGGGCCACUUCCCCUCUGCACCACUGGAGCAACUCCUGCAGAGCAUUUCACUGGAGAAGUUUAGCACUACAGCACCCAGGUUUCUCCCCAACCAGGAGAGGAUGUUUCAGACGGUGAACUUAUGCCUCGGUCUUGAGCGUCCUCCGCUCCCUCAGCCCCUGACGGUCCCCCCAUCUGUCCUGGGAGACCCCGUCCCCAGCAGUCCGCCGGUCAACCCGUGGCUCUCGCAGGGCCUGCGGAGUGUGUUGGGGGACCAGGCGGACUCGAUGCUGCAGGAGAUGGUGGUGGUGGAGAACUUCUACCUCAUAGAUGCUGUGAUAACCAAACCUCUGCUGAACCAAACCUCUGUGACUGAAGCCGGUAGUCGUGCAGGAGAAGAGUGUCCUCCAGCAGAGAGCAGUCAAAGAAUUGCAGUAAUUUGCACACCACACUCUGGUUUCUGCCAUGGCACGUCCAAUCCCCGCGGCCCUCUGGCUGUCAAGAUUCGCCACCUGAAGAUCCUGGGAUACAACCCUGUCUUGGUAACGGAGCAGGAGCUGCAGUCUGAGGAACAGAGGACAGACUUCCUCAGGGGACGGAUUUAUCCAGAACACCUCAGCUCAGACACGCAACCCGAAGGGGACCACCGGGGGUCUUGAAGACAGAUGGCGAGGGCCAUAUCUGGUUGAGUAGUCCCAACCUGUGCAAUCAUCAUGAACACACAGAUUUCGUUGUGCUAUUUAAAGCCUUGUAAACAAUUAGGAAGGAAUUAAAGUAUUUAAAUACGUCUGAAUAAAUUGAGGAACACAAACGAAGAGAACCUGAACCUUUCUUUGGGUGUGUGCUCCCUAACCCAGUGUGUAAAAGAGUGACUGUGAGGAUGGAAAAAUGGUCUUUUAUCAUCUUUUGCUAACAGAAACAAUGUGUUAAUCUUGCUGAUGCUUGCGGAGGUUGAUGAGUAAGACCAUGCCGCAGAAUGAAACCAAGAAAAGUGGUGCGUGCUGAAACCAAGAAAAGUGGUGCGUGCGCUUGCAAUAACUGCAAGGUGAGCAAGGUAAAGCUUCGCUCUUUGAAGCAGCCGCAUCUGCAGAAAGAACGACGACGGUUUAAAGAAAACAGUAGAGGGAGGAAGACAGGAAAUGGUGCAGGUUGUUAUUGUUUGAAGUGUUUGCCUCUCCUAGUUGUAAAUCUGGUUCUCAUCAACUUUCACAAAGCUGUGAUGUUUCUACCUUCUCAGAAAGAAAAGCCUGGACGGAGAUACGUGUAUUUAGAUUUUUUUUUUUGACCUGUAACGACUUUUUACAUUUUGAUAUUGUGGUCGAUCGUGACUCAUAUCUCACCACGCAGGUUUACAAGUGGAGUAAACCUUUUGAAUGUGGUUAAAUCCCCUCAUUCAGACACCCCCUUGUGUUUCGACCACAAAGAGGGAUUCCAGCUGAAGAUCUGUGUGUUAAACAGAAAGCGACACAGAAAGCUGGGUGCACUCUUUUUUUAUUGUUUUAUAAAACCACAACUGCCAAAGAAAGAACUGCUACUUUCGCUACGUCGACACAUAACUCGUACUGAAAUACAAAAAAAAGGAACUGAAGAAAACUUGACUCCUAAUAUUACACCAUCCAGGGCGAGCUGGUGCAAGGAACCCCCCCCCCCCCCCACCGUGUUUGCGUCUGAACUAACGGGGAUGAGAUGCACGGGUGAUCAGAAGUGUCGUGGUAUCGGGAUCUGAACCCCUCUGUUCUUCUUGCGGUUCUUGUGUGCUUUGGGUUUGGUGUUCAUGUAGUCACUCUGGGAGUCCGACCUCCUCCAGUUGACCUGUAGGAAGGAUGAACGACAGCGUUACGUCUGUGAAGGGUCAGAAUGAUGCUGCAGCGAUCAUCGAGGAUGUGGAGCACAUGUCUUUAUUCUUUUUUUUUUUUUUCUCGGAUUUUGGGGACCUGACUUACAUGUCAUAAUAAAGGUGGAAUUUGUAAAGGCUUAUUUUUGGGCCAAGAAAUAAAUAAAUACCCGCAGAAAUACGAUUUUCCCAAAGAGAAUUUAAUUGUGAAGGUGAGAAAGCUGUUGGGGAGAUUUAUUUCACAACGCUUCUUCACCUGGUGUUAGUUUAUAUGUGAGGAAUAUCUUACCCAGAUGAUGCUGGCAAUGAUGGUGAUGAUCACGCUGUAGAUGCAAAGAAAUACCAGCCCCAGAAUCCAAAUCCAGAGGAAUCCAUCUUUCUGAUCUCCACUUGCUUUAGGUGUUAUGGAGACAUUGUUGAAGUUGCAUUGGUGUCCUGGAAGAAACAAUCAGGGAGUAGUCAGUGCACUGGGCUAGGAGGUGUGUUCCUUUUUAAAACCUCGUAGGAAUACUUACCUUCCACAAGCAUUAGCAUCCACAGAGUACUUCUCCUGAAGGGAGGAGGGAACAUGUCUGUGCCCUCACACCUGUAGAUACCAUAGCUGUUGGCAUUCACCCCGGUGAGCGUGAAACUGAACGAUUCAUUGUCCGUGUUUUCACGCACUUCCACGCCAGCCCUGGUGUAUCUCGGUUUACAGGUGGGUGCCUGCUUGUCACGGAUGUACAUUUGGUUGUAGAUCACUUCAUCGUCUUGGUAAAGGUCGAAUGUCACGUGUUGGCCGGUCAACUUCGGGCAGGGCACAGACACGUUGUCUCCGGCAGGCACACAGACAAUUUGUAUCUGGUCUGGACAGAGAGAGAGAGAGAAAGGUGUGAUUAGGAUUCAAGGGGGGAAAUUGCAUUCUGAUUACUCGCACAGUAUAAUGUCAGAUCUCUGAUUGCUGAGGAAAUAGAAACAUGAUGGAGUAGCCCAUCAUGGUGUUUGUUAAUGCAGUAAAAACCAAACGCCUUCUUACAGCUAUAACUCCUGCAAAGAUUCAUUUAUUUGCUUUCAAUUCCCCCAACUGAAAUUCAGCUUUUGAUACUCGUCAUUUCACAGCCACUCCGCCCCCGUAUAGAAUUUGUUCAAUAGCAGCACAUCUCUACAUUUACCUCCUUUUAACCUAGCCUCACAUUUCACAAAAAGCAGAGACGGAUAUUUACCAUGUGAGUGGCACACUUGAGUCAGCCCACUGCCUGACUCAAGUGUGCCACUCCCGAGGCGGCGUUUAUUUUGUUUUUGUGCCGUUUGUUGCAGGGAAUAGUGUCGAGCUGAAUGUGCUCUGUGUGUAAACAGCAACGGUCCUAAAGUUGAGGCAACACUUUCUUUUGAGAUUCCUCUGUGGACUCUGGUAGAUGUUGGUUCACAUUAAGAUGUCUCACCCCACAAAUGCAGCCAUCAGGAGACAACAAGGUUCAUUUUAGGAAUGAAUAAACAGCCAGUAAGUGAGGAUAUAUAUCAAGCUACAGAGGAGCACCUUCCUGUUCCUUAAGACUCAACGUCCCACAUUUUACGUGCAUAAACUUAACCAAAGCUGUCAACCAGAGAGUAGCUACAAAACCUUUUCCCGCUGCAAUUCAUCAACUCAAGUGUCCGUGCACUACUACUGAGGGGGCAAACCUCAGAUGAACCCAAACAGUCCCACUGUAACCACAUAUACACGGUUAGGUCUCUCGCAAUUACUUGUAAUAGUUGUUUCUUGCAAAACUACUUUGAAUUCCACAACCAUCUGAAUGCUAAUAAUGUGUGUGUUGCAAUAAAGUCCACGCUUUACCUUUGCAGGCGUCCUGGAACUUGGUGGUGUGAAAUAACCUGCAGCUCAGGAGCAUCAUGAGCACCCAGCACGCUCUCAUCUUGAUCUUUUUGCGCCGAGACUGUGAACUCGCCCCCCAAGGCUUUCUCUCAUCUGCUCAAACUCCAAGCUCCUUCAGCGGGCUGCAUUGACUGUACGCUGAAAGAGAAAUCUGAUCUGGUUACUCCAAUAUCAAACCUGGUAAUACAUCAUAUCCUCACUGUGCAAUUCAAUUGUGACAUCGAAGCACUCCCACGGUGCUGCAGCGAGUGAGCCUCACACAUCCUCUCAUGCGGGAAAACAUCCUGUGGCAGAAAACGCCUCUUCUGAAGUUUCCGUUCUCUCCCAUGGGUUUGUGACAUUUGACGACUUCAGCGUUUAAUUCAUGUAAAACUAUUAUGUGUUUAUUUAGACCCAAAAGUCAUUGGAAGACAGUUCUGUUCCUAUCAAGUGAACUGGUUGUUUGUUUUAUUGAGAAUGAGGGAGAUGAAAACACACACAAACAACUUUUUAUUACCCAUUUUAAACAUUUAAAAGCUUUUGCAUGAAAGUACGGACAUUGAUCACAGUAGCAAUGCUGGCAUGAAUGCAAAUAGGCACUUUAAAACAGAAUAUGAUAAAGUAUUGUGUAAAUAUGUGUAUUUUCUGCUCAAGUUUUCAUUAUUUGGUUAAUAAAAAAGACAUGGCUGUGUCCACAAAAUGGGGCUGAGUAAAAAAGUGCAGUAGCUUUAUAUGUCCACUAGAUAGCGCCAACGCGUUAAUAACAGUUAUCUGCAGCUACAAACCAGGAAAAUUGCUUUUCAGAUACAAUUUUAUUUUAAUUGCAACAAUGUAUAACUUUGUUUCAAUGCAUGUUCCUGUUUUAUACAGGUUUGCCUGCCCAGAGCAUGGAUUAGAGACCAUUAAAGGGUGGCAAAUACUGACUUUGUGUGGCAACACAUGGUGUCGGAUUCAUGGGAUUGUAAAAUGGGGAUUAUAGCAUUUCUAAAAUGUUGUCUGUAAUUCUGACUCUGAAAAUGGAUGAUGGGGGAUUGACGGGUUAGUAAUGCCAUGUGUCCAUAUGGAUAACAUGCAAUAAUCUCCUAAUCUGGAAGUCCCUUUUGUCUGGUGGUGGUGGCUUUAGGAGAGCAUCAGCAAGAACC